AUGUACCAGCUGAACGCUGUGCCCGGGCGCACCUUCGCGGCUCUUCGGGUUGGUGUGGAGCAUGGUAUGGAGGAUAUCCUUGAGGACAAUUUUGAUGUGUACAGUGAAUUCUCGCGUGGCACUCGUUUGUCCCCGGAUGAGAUGAUUAUCUCUGUGUUGGAUGGUAUUUUCAGUCCUUUUAGUCCAUGCCAGCGUGCUGAUGCUCUUGUCGCACUGUCUAGACGAUGGGGUUUGCGUGUGCCUGGAAGGGGUGAUAAGUCGUAUGAGGAUUACUGUUCCAGUAUUAUAAAAUGCCUGUCUUUGCGUGUGAGCCCUGUCGUCGCCAGGAGAUCGGGUGCACCAAUGGAGGGUUCAAGUCGUGUUAUGGCGUCUUCUGCGUCUGUCCGUUUCUCUUGUGAUGCCUCACCGAGGAGGUUGUCUGCUCGUUCUUUAUUGUCACAGGGUGUUGGCUCAUUAAAUUAUGAUCUGCCUCCCACGGUAGUGGCGUCAUCACGUGUGAACACAUCAGCAGUGCCUCUGCCCGAGCAGUUAGGUGGGUCUUGCGAAGGUAGUUCAGAUGUGCACCUUUCCUCGCUGUAA